AUAAAUUUAAGUGAAAUGGCUCCUCCAAUAGCUAUACUGCCACCGCAGGAGACGCUGCAAAAUAUUCCACCCCUCAUAUCAGUUAGCUCCUGUAUUGUUUUGGCUAUCAUCUAUGUGGGCAGUCUCUACGUAUGGAGCACCAAACACAAUCGUGAUCAUCCGACGACAAUAAAGCGACGAUUUGCCAGCGUAUCAUGUGUCAUGGUAAUCGCGCCGCUAUUCGUGUAUUAUUUCUCAUCACCACAAUUGCUGCAGCGUGAGCCAUUCCUGAAGUUAAUUGGCUUUCGCUUGGAGGGAUUAUGGCAGGCGGUACUGAUUCCCUAUCUGCUCACAGCGCUUCUAUUUCUGGGACCUAUAUUUGUGAACAUGCAGAACGAAUCGUUCAGUUCCUACUUCAAUAUAGACUACUGGCGCGGCUCCUGCAGUAACAUUAUCUGGAUACGUAACUUGGUGAUGGCUCCCCUGAGUGAGGAAUUCGUCUUUCGCGCCUGCAUGAUGCCACUUAUUCUACAAAGUUACCCGCCAAUUACUGCCGUAUUUAUAACACCUCUAUUCUUUGGUGUUGCUCACCUGCAUCACAUUGCCGAGAGAUUGAGCAUGGGCAUGGAGCUUAGUACCGCGUUGCUAAUCGGUGUGUUCCAGUUCACCUAUACGACUCUCUUUGGCUUCUAUUCGGCAUAUUUGUUUGCUCGCACGGGGCAUUUUGUAGCACCUCUGUUGGCUCACGCUUUGUGCAACCAUAUGGGAUUGCCUGACGUGCAGGAUCUUUGGCAGCAGAAUCUGUGGCGACGUGUUCUUGCGAUAGUUUUGUAUGUAGUAGGGCUUGUUGGUUGGAUUUUCCUGCUGCCCAUCGCUACUGAACCGUCGCUGUACAGCAAUAAGCUUUAUUGGAAUGUCUAAAGGCCAAAAAGGAAAUAUUGUAAUCAUUGUAUUGUUGCCAUAUUUUAGAGUUCAUUGUCCCAUACGUACAUAAAGGCUUAUGUAUAUUAUUUAGUCAUAUCAUAGAAAACCGACUGUACAAUGUAUUAAUAAGUCUUCCGUUAAAUAAAUAAACAGUAGCUAUUUUUA